UUCCUCCUCGCUUAUGCGCUAAGGCUCUUGAUCAUCAACGGGUUUAAGAAACCCAAGGCCAUUUCUGUAAUUUCAACAUGCAGGCACCCCUCAACGCCUGGCCUCAGGCAACCGCUUGAAUAAAUACCCCCAAUCCCCAAACCAUCGUUUCCAGAUAUCAAAGCGAAAAAGAAAAAAACAGGAGAAAGCAGGCCGCCCGGAAAAUUCAAAAAACCCCUCAAAAUGUCGUCCCAAUUAGUCGCGAGUCACCGGGAAAACGCCGAGAUUUACCGCGGCGAGGCCCUCUGCAAGCAGAAAUCGCAGGAGCUGUUAGACGAGAUCUCGCUGCCGAAGGGCCUCCUUCCUCUAAACGACGUCGAGGAGGUGGGCUACAACCGCGAGACGGGCUUCGUGUGGCUGAAGCAGAAGAAGAAGACGGAGCACUUGUUCAGGAGCAUCAACCGGAAAGUGUCGUACGACGCGGAGGUGACGGCGGUGGUUGAGAAGCGCCGGAUGAAGAAGAUGACGGGGGUGAAGAGCAAGGAGCUCUUCAUUUGGGUCUCCAUUUCCGAAAUCUGCAUUGACGAUCAGGAUCCCGAGAAGAUCAAGUUCGCGACGUCUUCCGGCCUCUCGCGCUGCUUCCCGGUCAAGGCGUUUGAGCUUCAGGAAGACAAUGGCGCUAACAAGAACUAGGGUUUUUAUGUGUCAGGUGGUAAAGUACAACCCUAGCUAAUGGAUUUUGUUGGUUUCCCUUGCUGCUUUUUAUGGUUUUUGAUGUGUUUUCUGGAUUUCAUUUCUUGUGGAUGAUGUGUUUGGAUUCUGACGGGUUGAGUGAUUAUGGAUUUAUGCUCUUUUUUCUUUUU